AUGGAAGAUAGUGAAACAAGGCUGAUGGACACUGAAACGAGACUGAAGGACACCGAAACCAGACUGAAGGACACCGAAACCAGACUGACGGAGCGUGAAAAACAGAUUCUUGAACUGAACAAAGAAAAGAAGACGGUCGUAUUCAGUGCAGCAACAGGAGGAGGAGAGAAUCACAUUGGACCCUUCAACACAGACACAACUUUAAUCUACAGGACCUUGAUUACAAACAUUGGUGGUGCCUACAGUCCAUCCACAGGUGUCUUUGUUGCCCCGGUUCCAGGUGUUUAUUACUUCACCAUCUUCUUUCAUGCUGGAUGGGACCAUGGCACUAAGUUACUGCUCUACAAGAACAAUGAGUUGAUUAUAUAUACACAUGAUUUCCCUUCAACCUCUGACCGGGCUGACAAUGGAGGAAACGCAGUGUUCCUGCAGCUUGUUCAAGGAGACCAGGUAGUGGGAGCAGAGCUGGAGGAGCGGGCGGUGUGCAGAAGUGUUCCCCCCUCAUCGUGA